AUGCAGUUCUCUACAGUUGCCACCUUUGUCCUCGGCUUCGCCCUUGCAGCGAUCGCAGUGCCGACCAAUGACGCCGCCAACGCACAGCCUGCCGUAAGCCCCAGACAGACGGGCGCUGGCGGGCGAGGAGCCCCUUGCUCCACAGGAAAGGAAUGCAAGAGCGACAUUUGCAUCAUCGGACUUUGCCAAUAG